ACCUUAUAUAGAUACCACCAACACCUGAUUUCUUAUCUCGUGCAUCGUGGGACUGAUAUCUACAAGAGCAGUUGACAAAGAUCUGUACGACAGACCAUAUCCUGUGGCUGCCCUUGAUCAAAGGAAUUUGACAGAGACAUGUUGGCCCCACUAUUGAUCCUCGUCACGUGUGCAUGGAUGCCCUCGCGAGCAAACCACGUGUUCCACAUCAGAAAUCAAUGUUCUCAAACCGUUUGGGUUGGAAUCCUGGGAAAUCAUCUUUUGGAACAAGGUGGCUUUCAGCUGAACCGUGGUUCGCGUCGUGACAUCACUGUGCCGGAUCAGUUCUCCGGGCGCUUCUGGGGCCGGACAGGCUGUGACAGUCACGGUGUUUGCGUGACAGGUGACUGUGGCCACAGGAUACAGUGUAACGGAGCUGGAGGUCAACCGCCUGCCACAUUAGCAGAGUUUACUCUGGGUGGGUAUGGCGGACAAGACUUUUAUGACGUCAGUUUGGUGGACGGAUACAACCUACCUUUGAAAAUUGUCCCCGUGGCCGGAAGUUACGCAAAAGGUUCCGGGCAGUACUAUUGUGCGGUGGCCGGUUGUGAAAGAGAUCUCAACAGCAUGUGUCCAGGGGAACUGCAGAUCCAUCAUGGCGGACGAACCGUAGCUUGUCAGAGCGCCUGUGCCAAGUUCAACACCGACGCUUUCUGUUGCCGCGGGAGUCACGGAACCCCACAGACCUGCCCGACCUUCUCCUUCGCCCAAGCCUUCAAGAAGGCGUGUCCACUGGCCUACAGUUACGCUUAUGAUGACAAGGCCAGCACCUUCACAUGCAGGGGGAGUCCCCACACUAGUUACACAAUUCAGUUCUGCUGAUCAGUCAUGAACGAUUCAGUUCUGCCAUGCGUGAUUUUCUUCUGCUAAAGGCC